GGGAGCUUACUGUGUAAAGACUGGGUGACAAACUUGUGGCGGUUACUUCCCUUGAUAAGAAAAUACCGAAGGUUUCCGAAUGAUACAAAUUCAACUUCCUUUUCCGGUUUAGGUGAAAAACAUCAGCAAGAUGUUGAUGCCAAAGAAGAACCGAGUGUCUAUCUACGAGUACUUGUUCAAGGAGGGAGUUCUUGUAGCCAAGAAAGACUUCACAGCACCUAAACAUCCAGAAAUAGAUGUUCCAAACUUGCAUGUGAUUAAAGCUUUGACAUCUUUGAAAUCACGGGGUUAUGUAACAGAACAGUUUGCAUGGAGACAUUUUUACUGGUACCUCACCAAUGAGGGUAUACAAUAUCUACGUGACUUUCUGCAUCUGCCCGCAGAAAUUGUCCCAGCAACAUUGAAACGUCAAACCAGGCCAGAGACAGCCAGGCCAAGACCUAAAGAAUCCUAUGGUGGUGAGGGCCAAAGGUCCCAGGCUCAAGACAGACAGGAAUAUAGGCGUGCAGCAGGACCACCUGGUGGUGACAAAAAGGCUGACGCUGGAGCUGGUGGUGGAGAAUUCAGCUUUGUAAGUUGAUGAUUUAAACAUGUUUAAUGGUCUUUCCUUAGAGGUCUGUGAAUUGAGGGUUUACAU